ACAGCACCGCACCGCACCGCAGCUGCGGGUCCUUGGUGUCCCGCGGCGCCUGGUCGGACCAUCCCGCACUGAAGGAAGAACAAUCCAGAUAAAGCGAAAGACGUUUCUGUUGCAACGAAAAGAAAGUGAGAGAAGCUGAAGAGAAUCUUGACUGGACACUUUUUUUCUUUCUUUUUGUUUGUUUGAUUGUUAUUUUUUCUUUUUAUUGUUGUUCGCUCGAGGCGGGCUGGGGUCGCGCGCGCCGCGUCUUUUUCCAUGGAUUUAUUUCCAGCCGGACUUCUCUGGGAAAUAAACUAGUGUUGAACCGUUUCUCUGGGUUAUUGUUCCACUCAGAGGGAAACCAUGAUCUUCUCACUGUUCUGUUUUCUGCCUCUUUUCGAUGUGCUGACCUACGCGGAGGAGAACCUGCGCGCCUCUCGGCUGGACUGCGUGCGGGCCAGCGAGCAGUGUCUGCGGGAGCAGGCGUGCAGCACCAAGUACCGCACGAUGAGGCAGUGCGUGGCCGGCGGCAAGGAGAGCAACUUCAGCCGGGUGGCCGGCGUGGAGGCCAGGGAUGAGUGCCGCAGCGCGAUGGAGGCGCUCAAACAGAGUCCCCUGUAUAACUGCCGGUGCAAGAGAGGCAUGAAGAAGGAGAAGAACUGCCUGCGCAUCUACUGGGGGAUCUAUCAGUCCCUACAAGGUAACGACUUCUUGGAGGAGUCUCCGUACGAACCGGUGAACAAACGUCUGUCUGACAUCUUCCGCCUGGCUCCAAUCUUAGGUGAGCCGGCGGUGGCCCGAGAGAACAACUGCCUGACCGCCGCCAAAGCCUGCAACCUGAACGACACAUGCAAGAAGUACCGAUCGGCGUACAUCAGCCCGUGCACCAGCCGCGUCUCCACCGCCGAAAUCUGCAACAAAAGGAAGUGCCACAAGGCCCUGCGGCAGUUCUUUGACAAGGUUCCUCCGAAGCACAGCUAUGGCAUGCUGUUCUGCUCAUGCCCCGUCAGUGACCAGACGGCGUGCUCUGAACGCAGGCGUCAAACCAUCGUUCCUGUCUGCUCUUAUGAGGAAAAGCAGAAGCCAAACUGUCUGGAACUCCAGGAGACCUGCAAGACCAACUACAUCUGCACCGUGAUGACCCCCAACUACCUGCGCUCACCCAAGAUCAGCGUCUCGCCCUUCUGCGAUUGCACCAACAGUGGCAACAAGAAAGACGACUGCGACAAGUUCACCGAGUUCUUCACAGAAAACACCUGCCUCCGGAAUGCCAUCCAAGCCUUUGGGAACGGAACAGACAUUGGGAUGAGGCCGCCGAUAUCCCCCCUCCAGACCACCACCUCCAUCACUACACCCUACCAAAAGAACCGUGAACGCAACCCCAACACCAUAGACAACCAGAUUAAUGCUGACCCCAGCCUCCUACACUUCUGUGGAAACUUACAGGCUCAGAAACUACAUUCAAAUGCGACUGUUGACGUCUGCUCGUCUGAUCCACAGGCUCCAAAGGUAGACGGUCCAAGUGCAUCCAACGCCAUCCUGAGAGACUCAGCCGUCUGCAGACAGUCUGUUGGUGUCACCUCCCUGCUGCCACUGCUGCUCUACUUUGGAGCACGAGGCUACUUGUAGCCCUGCUGCUUGAAAGCUAUAAAUUACGGACUGAGAAACUCAUAUUUGUAUAGAAAAGAAAGCAAAACAAGAAAUGAUAUCUUUUUUUUAAGUUCUGUUCUUUUAUUGAACCUGGACCUGAUGAUUUUCUUUCCAUCUGUUGUUUUUUCUUUGUUUAUUUGUGUUGCAGCUUAAUGCUAAAACUGUGAUGUAUUAGGCAUUUAACUCAUUUGGUUUAGUCAGAAAUAGUGGAUAUGAAGCCACUAUGAAUGCUGUCGGUUCAGGCAGAUAAAAUACUCUGAGGACUACGUUCCACUAAUGGACGAGCGAGAACUCUUGGAACACAGUGUAUAUUAACAUCAGUUCUCAGAGUUGUCUGUUCAUUUUCACCCAAGUCUGUUUGUGUAUUGAGGCUAUCGGUGGGAUCAUUUGCUUAAGAGUCACAGUAAAGUUCAGUAAAAGCUACAACUUAUCACUCGGGCAGCCUUUUUUUGGUGUUGUUAAGUCUCCUCUGUGAUUUGUGUAUGUUUUGAUAAUGAUGUGAUCUGGUAUUUUACAUUUUUAUGAGCUCAAUGAAGGUUCAAAUUCACACUACCUGCUUAGAAACCAUCUGAAAUGUUUCAGCAUCCGUGCCCAAAAUGUCUUCACUGUAGCUCAUACUGAACACUAAUGUCAGCUGAGAUAAGCACACAUGGCAAAGUCCCACAAACAAGUAGUGCACACGUUGCACAUGCAGACAAUAAAAGCUGAAUACAGACCCAUAGAAAGGUUAAAUAGCAGGCGAGCUGCAUCUUUUCUGGACUCCAGUCCUUAUAAUUCUCCGUUCUUUCGUUCCGCAGAGGAAGGUGACAGCAAAGCUCCUGAGCAAUCAACUCAAAGUUGGAUCUGUUGUACCUCCGAGCCUGGCAGGACAAGAGCUGCCAAAUAAAUAGGCUUAUACUUGUCAACUGUGUCCUACGACUCUUGCUUUAAUCCCCACCACCCUGAAAUUCUAUGCUUCCUUAGACUUGGAGCUUUUAAUUGACUCUUUCAUAAAACCCCCUCCAACCACAGACCGUGUGCAAACUGGUAAACAUGACAUGCACUGAUUUCUGACAAUAUACAGUUUACUUAGGCGAUGGUUAA